CUCAAAUCAAAUACAGGCAGGCCAAUAUAUAUAAUUAUGGAUUCUGCUUCUGAUGCUGCUGCUUUACCCACUGAUUAUCUUCUAAUGGAUUCAGGUUUAUACGAAGCACUGGUGGAAGGAAAUGAAGAAGAUGCUGACGCUGUUUGGCAGAAGAUGGAACAACAUGACGGCCGUCAGGUGACGCCAAAGGGUAACACUGUCCUUCAUAUCGCGGCCCUAUACGGUCACAUACAUUUCGUGCACAAGAUCCUGCUGCAGGAACAACACAGAUCCUUCUUGUUAUGUGCUCUAAACAAGAAAGGUGAAACUGCGCUUCACAUUGCUGCAAUGGAAGGCCACACUGACGUAGUCUCUGCGCUCAUCCACUGUGCCAAAACAAGCCCAGAACUACGUCUACUUGGAGUUGAAUCUGGUAUGGGAAUAGGAGCAACAGAUAUGGUGAGGAUGGUGGAUGAGGAUAAAGACACAGCUUUGCACAAGGCUGUGAGGAAUGGGCAUUUGGAAGUUGUGAAGUUGCUGGUGAAAGAGGAUCCCGAGUUUGAGUUUCCUGCAAAUCAGUCUGGGGAAACCCCACUUUACAUAGCAGCAGAGUUGGGAUUUCAUGAGGGGUUGGUUGAAAUGUUGAACAAUUGCCAGAGACCUGUCUACGGCGGACCUCUCGGCCGAACUGCGCUUCAUGCAGCAAUAAUUAAUUGGACCCCAAAAGAUUGCACAAAGUUAUUGUUGGUAAAUGAAGCAUGUUUGUGUGAGGUGGGUGACGAUUGGGGUUGGACACCAUUGCACUACGCUGUAAAACGACAUAAUGAGAAAGCUGUUUGCGACAUUCUUCAAGUAAAGAGUUCAGCGGCAUACAUUCCAGCAGGAGUAGGCAAAGAAUGGACAACUGCAAUUCACAUAGCAGUACGUGAAAACUUUGUAGGGUUGUUUAGAAAAAUAGUAGAGCGUUGCCCACUUUGUUGGGAGAUGGUUAACAGCAAAGGUCAAAAUGUCCUCCAUGAAGCAAUUUUGAACAAUAGCACAGGCAUGAUCAAAUAUAUCUUAAAUAAUAAUAAUUCUGGGAGAAAAAGGGAUCACCUUGUUGAUGAGAAAGAUGAGGACGAUUAUUGA